CAACAAAACCAUGGAGCUCUACUACGCCUCCCUCCUCUGCCUCUUCGUCUCCGUCGUCGUCCUCGCCCUCCACCUCCUCUUCUACAAGUCCAAACCCUCCUCCCCCUCCCUCCCCCCGGGCAAAACCGGCUGGCCCUUCCUCGGCGAGAGCCUCGAGUUCCUCUCCACCGGCUGGAAGGGCCACCCGGAGAAGUUCAUCUUCGACCGCAUCGCCCGCUACUCCUCCCUCGUCUUCCGCACCCACCUCCUCGGCGCCCCCGCCGCCGUCCUCUGCGGCCCCGCCGGCAACAAAUUCCUCUUCUCCAACGAGAACAAGCUCGUCCAAGCCUGGUGGCCCUCCUCCGUCGACAAAAUCUUCCCCAACGACAACACCUCAAACCAAACCAGUUCCAAAGAAGAAGCCAUCAAAAUGCGCCGAAUGCUCCCCACCUUCUUCAAACCCGAAGCCCUCCACCGCUACGUCGGAAUCAUGGACAACGUCGCCCGCCGCCACUUCGCCGACGGAUGGGAGAAUCGCCAAAACGUCGUCGUUUUCCCUUUAUCCAAAAACUACACUUUCUGGCUCGCCUGCCGCCUUUUCCUCUCUAUUGAAGACCCCGCGCAGGUGGAGAAGUUCGCAGAGCCGUUUAAUUUGUUGGCGUCCGGGCUGAUCUCGAUCCCGAUCGAUCUGCCCGGGACGCCCUUCAAUAAGGGGAUCAAGGCGUCCGCUUAUAUAAGAAAGGAGCUCGUUGGGAUUAUAAAGCAACGGAAAAAGGAUCUUAGCGACGGAAAGGCGUCGCCGACGCAGGAUAUAUUGUCGCACAUGUUGCUUACUAGCAACGAGGAUGGGAAGUUCAUGCACGAGGCCGAUAUCGCGAAUAAGAUUCUCGGCUUGCUCAUUGGCGGCCACGACACUGCGAGCUCGGCCUGUACUUUCGUCGUGAAGUACCUGGCCGAGCUUCCCGAGGUCUAUGAAGGCGUCUAUAGAGAGCAAAUGGAGAUUGCGAAGACGAAGAAGGAGGGGGAGUUGUUGAAUUGGGAGGAUUUGCAGAAGAUGAAGUACUCGUGGAACGUUGCGUGUGAGGUGCUGAGACUGGCGCCGCCUCUUCAGGGCGCGUUCAGGGAGGCGCUUGCGGACUUCACGUUCAAUGGGUUCUCCAUUCCGAAGGGCUGGAAGUUAUACUGGAGUGCAAACUCAACGCACAAGAACUCAGACUUCUUCCCGGAGCCCGAGAAGUUUGACCCGUCGAGGUUUGAGGGAUCUGGCCCCGCCCCAUACACGUUCGUGCCGUUUGGGGGUGGGCCGAGGAUGUGCCCCGGGAAGGAGUAUGCCCGAUUGGAAAUCCUAGUGUUCAUGCACCACCUCGUCAAGAGAUUCAAGUGGGAGAAAAUGAUUCCUGAUGAGAAAAUCGUGGUUGAUCCAAUGCCAAUUCCGGCUAAGGGUCUUCCAAUUCGACUCAUCCCCCACACUUCUCAAAAUUAAUGAAUACAGUAUUAAUUUUCCUAAAUAAUAAUAAUAUUUAUGAUAUAUAUAGUAAUCCAUUUACGAGGAUGUCAUGUUUAUUAUACAUGUAUAUAGCUAUAAACAUCAUGAGUUAUUUGAAUUAGGGGCCGAAGUAAGGGUCCUAUCUGUUCUCUUUCUACAUAUUUUUUGGUUUUGGUAUAUUGGAGUGUUGAUGUAAUGAUGUUCUGUUGUAUGGACAUACAGAAAGUAAAAAAAGGAAAAUGUUGGUACGA